AUUUAUUUUAAUUGUAAAUAAUUUGCAAAAUAGUGCUCUAAGUACUUCAUAUCUCUCGCAGUUAGGUUUCUUGAGUGAAAUUUAGAAAAGGAAUGUUUGAAACUUUUUUAUUUUGACGUUUGAAUUCGCGGUUUUUAAUUUGUGUCCCCCAUUGCAAAAAUGGUUGCAAAAUGUUGACGUCCACACGUUCAUCGUAUUUGAUAAAUAUAGGAAAUUAAGAUACGUCUUGAUUCGGUGCGACAAGAUUAUCAUUUAAGCUGAGCUAUGGCGGAGCCAGAGGAGGGCCCAGAAGAAGAGGUGGUGGUGCGGCUCGCCUCCACUCCCCAGAUCAUCUUGCCCGAGAACAUGGUCCCCGGCACAUUAACAAAUGCGCGUGCAGCGAGUUCAGCCGGCGUGGAGCUGGGACGGAAGCUGCUGCUGGCGGCCCGGGCCGGGGACACCAACCAGGUGCUGGAGCUCAUGGCGCAGGGAGCACCCUUCACCACUGAUUGGUUGGGCACGUCGGCGCUGCACCUGGCGGCGCUGGGCGGGCACUCGGGCACGGCGGGCGUGCUGCUGCGCGCGGGCGUGAGCCGCGACGCGCGCAGCAAGGUGGAGCGCACGCCGCUGCACCUCGCGGCGCACGCGGGGCACGCGGCCGUGGCCGAGGUGCUGCUGGACCACGGCGCCGCGGUCGACUGCAGGGACAUGCUGCGCAUGACGCCGCUGCACUGGGCGUGCGCGCGCGGGCACGCGGCGCUGGCGGCGCUGCUGGUGCGGCGCGGCGCCGACCCGCGCGCGCGCUGCAAGUUCCGGCGCACGGCGCUCGCGCUGGCCGAGCGCCUGCCCGCCGUGCGCGCCGCCGUGCUCGGCGCGCUGGCGGAGCGGGACCAGGCGGCCUCCGUGCGCGCUAUACAAGAAGAGAUGGCCGUGGACGACGUGGCGGACUCGAAGCCGUACGCGACCCUUCAGACGCAGCUCCCCGUCGAGGAGAAACACUCGCAACCCACCAUCAGAAUACCGCACAAGUUUAACAAACUCAAUUUAGACACUGAGCACCAGCGGCAGCCGGUCGACACCGGCUCGGAGUCUCGCGCGCCCGGCGCGGCGCUGCUGCGGCACCACGGCAUCACGCUGCUGCCCGCCGACGACGGCAGCACCGUGCUGUCGGCGCUGCAGAGCGGCCGGACCGUCGUGCUGUCAGAUGCUGGCAAGUUGAUGCUGAAAGAGAACAGCUCCGCUGCCCCCGCCCCCGCCGCCCCCGCCUCCGCCGCCCCCGCGCCCGCCCCCGCGCCCCCCCGGGCCGGGGUGCUGGUGCGCGCGUGCCCGGCGCGCUCGCCCCCGCACCCCGCCCCCGCCCCCGCGCCCCCCCGGGCCGGGGUGCUGGUGCGCGCGUGCCCGGCGCGCUCGCCCCCGAGGCCCGGGGUCAAGGUGUUCACCGUCAACAAGCCGCCCGACAAGGACGUGCAGAUAAAAUACGUCCAGCUCCCACCAGACGCGACCAUCCUCUCCCCGCACAAGGCGGCCAUGAAGGCCAAGAGCAAGGUCGUCCGCGCCGCCGCCGCCGGUACCGGUACCGGUACCGGUACCGGUACCGGAACUGGUGCCGGGACCGGGACCACCGCGAACCGGCCCGGCGUCAAGAUCAUCAUGAAUAAAGCUAGCUUCAGCAAGUUGUUGGCCACUGCGACGAGGGCACACGGCUCGGGAGAUAAUGAGCCACUUUCCCUGGGCAACGGCCGCGGCGAAGCUGUGGUGUGCGUGCCCGAGCAGUUCGUGCGCUCCAUGUCGGCGCGCUACCUGCGCGCGCAGCUGCUCGCCGCGCACGCCGCGCUCGCCGAGCUGCAGCGCCAGCUCAAGCGUGCGCGCGCGCGGCGAGCCGCCACGCAGCCCGGCUAG